GAAAGGAUUAGAUAUUUACAUUGCUAAAACAACAGGGACUAAAGAAUAAUCUAAUGAAAUGGCCUAAAAUAACAAAGCAUUUUUCAAUCUUCACUCUUUCUCUCAACCUAAACACCUCCUCCAUUAGGGUUAGUAAGGUACUGAGCUGAGCAGAACUUUCUCCGGCUCAAGAUGGAGGGAAAAGCGAAUUUGGAAGCGGCGAUAGAACAACUGCAGAAUGUCGAAAAGCAGAUGAGGCUUGCCGGAGACGUCGCCGGCACUAAGAAAGCCGUUACCGAAAUUCUCCAACUCUGCUUCGAAGCUAAAGAUUGGAAAUCUCUAAAUGACCAAAUUGUCCUUCUCUCUAAAAAACGUGGUCAACUUAAACAGGCUGUAACUGCAAUGGUCCAGCAAGCAAUGCAGUACAUUGACGAGACGCCGGAUCUUGACACCCGUGUAGAACUUAUUAAAACACUUAACAGUGUGUCUGCUGGCAAGAUAUAUGUUGAAAUUGAGAGAGCAAGGUUGAUUAGAAAACUAGGUAAGAUCAAGGAAGAACAAGGGCUUACAGCUGAAGCUGCAGAUCUGAUGCAAGAAGUUGCGGUGGAAACUUUUGGUGCUAUGGCAAAAACUGAGAAAAUUGCAUUUAUUCUUGAGCAAGUUCGUCUAUGCCUUGACCGCCAGGAUUAUGUUCGUGCACAAAUUCUCUCAAGGAAGAUUAGUCCAAGGGUUUUUGAUGCUGAUACUUCUAAGUCGAAGAAGAAACCAAAGGAAGGUGAUAAUGUUGUGGAAGAGGCUCCUGCUGAUAUACCAUCACUGUUGGAGUUAAAGCGGAUCUACUAUGAAUUGAUGAUACGGUACUACUCACACGACAAUGAUUAUCUGGAAAUUUGCCGUUGCUACAAGGCAAUAUAUGAGAUUCCUUCUGUAAAGGAAAACCCUGCCCAAUGGAUUCCUGUCUUGAGGAAAAUCUGUUGGUACUUGGUACUUUCACCUCACGAUCCAAUGCAGUCAAGCCUUCUGAAUUCCACCUUGGAGGAUAAAAAUCUUUCUGAAAUUCCAAAAUUCAAGUUGUUGUUGAAGCAGUUGGUGACAAUGGAAGUCAUCCAGUGGACAUCACUUUGGAAUGCAUUCAUGGAUGAGUUUGAAAGCGAGAAGAACUUGCUUGGGGGAUCUUUGGGUGACAAAGCAGCAGAGGAUUUGAGGCAAAGAAUAAUUGAACAUAAUAUCAUUGUUGUUUCAAAGUAUUACUCAAAGAUUACUGUGAAGAGAGUAGCAGAGUUAUUGUGUCUCAGCAUCCAGGAAGCUGAGAAGCAUCUAUCUGAUAUGGUUGUUUCCAAAGCUCUGGUGGCAAAGAUUGACAGGCCAUUGGGAAUAGUGUGUUUCCAAGUAGCAAAGGAUAGCAAUGACAUUCUCAACUCGUGGGCAAUGAACUUGGAGAAGUUGCUUGAUCUUGUUGAGAAGAGUUGCCACCAAAUACACAAAGAAACUAUGGUCCACAAAGCUGCUCUAAAAGUUUGAAAGGUCUGAUUUCGCUGAAUGCAUGGAGGUCUGUGUUUUAAUGGCAGUGUGCAGAUGGAAGUUGUCUGAGAAACCAUUUAAAUAUCUGCUGACUGGGUCUGACCGGACAUUCAUCGUGUCUCGAAGAUGUCUCUUUUGUUGGUUAGGCUGUUAAAUAAUGUAUGCUUCCUAUAACUGAGAGUAAGAUUAUUGUUGUAUACUUCUGGCACAGGCUGUACCGCUGACUAACGGCAGGAACCCAAAGGGGCUUUGUUUAUAGCAGUGGAUGGAAAUUUCUUGAGUUUUGUUUAGGAUUCUUUUGUUUA